AUGACAACUCGUCGUCCUCAACCAUUGUUCUAUGAUACUUUGAAGUGUGUGGGUUUGUACUUGGAGCCUAAUUUGAGAUUCCAACUAUCACUACGAUGCCUCGGAUUCCGUUCUGUACACAAGACCCAACCUGUUAGAAUCCAUAACUUGAAAAUGCGUCCGAACAAUUUUGAAGUCAACGGCACCGUCUUCAGUGUAGGAAUCAUCAGGAAAUACGCAAGAACGACACCGACUCCAAAACCAGUGAAAGUGUCGAAUGCCGGCGGUGGAAUCCAGUAUGACGUGGAUAGGUAUGGCAUAAGAAGUGAUGGACGUGAGGAGGAGAAUCAAGAGAUGGAGGCUGCAAUGCGUGACGCCACCCAAGUCACCCGUUUGGAAGAGCGGUUGCAGUGGCUGGUGAGAAGUCGUGAGAGACAGAGAUGGGAUGUGGUGCCUGACUUGGAUCUUGCGAUAGAGUCGAAAAGAUUGGAGAUUCUCUCCUAUCGAAUGCGAAUGACUAACCAGGAGCCACCGUUCACUCAAUAUCUCCAAUUGACGAUUACCAAUGGCACUGUGCAGAACGUGGAGCGUGUGGAGUAUGACAAGAAUCUCAAGUACACGAGUGACUACAUUCUUGGGCGGAUCUUUGGUGUGGUCAAAGUUCAAGUCGGAAGCCUACAAAUCGGAGAAGACAACUUCCACCACCGUUUUAGGUUCUUCUUUCAUCAAUUCGCUGAUGAGCAGCAGUUCGCCGAGCAACAAGAAGGACCGGGCAACGCGUUUCAUGUUAACACACUCAAUGGUCAAAUAGAGUCAUUGUUGCCAGUUCAGGAUGGGAAUUUGGAAGUUGCGGAGAUGCGAGUCACCGGGAAUUUGAAAAACGCACUGGCUAGUAUCCAAACAAAACUAACCGAGACACACACUCCCUUGAAGAAGUUAACAUGUGCCUAUCAACCACUUCCGGAUGAGCCAGUGCUUCAAAACGCUGAGUUUUUGUGUGUCGCUAGAACUGGAUGUCUGAAAGUGUUCAGUGGUAACCUCAACAAUCGAAUCCAUCUUGCGGAGUGUGUUGUCGUGGAAACGGACUUUAUGAAUCUUGUCAACAAAUGGGCGAUGGAAAAAAGCGAGGUUGGCAGAUUCUACUCCAUCGGAUUCAGAAAAGUCAAGGAAAUAGAGGAGUUCUUCACCCUGUUCAUAAACAUUCCAGGUGCUGAAAGGGGAGAUAACGAGGAGACAAGAUGGUCCCAGUUUCCAGAAUGUAUCAUCAUCCCGAUGAGAUACGAGACCGAGUUGAAUGUGUGGUUUGAGGAAACAAAUGAGGAGGAUAAGGUGUACUGUGACACUAAGUUCAUAGUGAAGAUCAAAGUGCAGAACAGCGGAUAUGCACAAGUUCAUGGAUCGUUCUAA